UAUCAUUUUGGGGGCCUGCCCUAUGAUUUUUGCAUUCUACGGCUCCCUUUUGCUGCAUUGUUUUAAUGGUAAAGAACCCUGACCUCUGCAAAAUUGUUCAGUAAUGGUCAUUUGUCUCCUCCCUUGGAUUCGUGUGGAGCCAGAAGAUACUGUACUCAGAACUGGUUCUGGGGUCAGGCGAGCAGGCAUCUCCUUCCAGGGCACACUACUGCUAUUCCACUUGGCUUUCUUGUUUUCCUCAGCUCUUAUUGGCUGGCCAUUUUUGCUUGCUGAUUGGUCACUCAUAGACUAUAAGGUCAGAAGGGACCAUUAUGAUCAUCUAGUCUGACCUCCUGCACAGUGCAGACCUCAGAAUCUCAUCCACCCACUCCUAUAACAAAUCCCUAACCUAUGUCUGAGUUAUUGAAGUCCUCAAAUUGUGGUUUGAAGACCUCAAGCUGCAGAGAAUCCUCCAGCAAAUGAUCCGUGCCCCAUGCUGCAGAGGAAGGCGAAAAACCUCCAGGGCCUCUGCCAAUCUGCCCUGGAGGAAAAUUUCUUCUCGACCCCAAAUAUAGGGCACGAGGGCACCAAAAAUGUUUUCUGCCCUGGCUGGCAAAAUGGCUAGGGCCACGCUUGACUGUAAUCACCCCAUAGAGAGUGACUAGCAAGAAGGGAGCCAGCCUGAGAGAGAAACAGAACUGGCCCAUUACAGAUGAACAGUAACUCCCUGAUAUAUGGCCUGGGGAGCAGGAUCUAGAGCAGUUCACAGCUCACACUCAUGGCCCAUUCCCUAAGAUGAGUGCAUCAGAGCUCCCUCUGCUUGAAGCCUGGACACCAGAGAAAUCUCAGUGACUGGGGAAUCUCAGCCCUCAGAGAUACAGGCAUCCAGCUGGGAAUGGGCAUUAAGUAGGCAAAAGAAGGGAGUGAACUGUACCCCAUUAGCCAAAAUCCCACAGUAGAGGCAUUACUGCAAAGCAGAAGCCUUAUUUUCAGUCCAAAGUGAGAUGGUUGUGCUGAUGGGAGGUGCACACUCCAUUCUCUGCCCGUGUGCCUUACCCCCAGCCCUGAAGAGCUCCUACUAAGUGGGAAAGGGAGACUCAGUCUCCUUGGCCUCUCUACUGAGUCUGUCAAGAAGGGGGCUAGUCAGGGCCAGAUGUGAUGAUGUGUGUUGUGAUAGACACCUGCUCACUCUGAACCAUGCUGGGACUCAAACUGGUGGGGGGAGAGAUUCCCUGUGAAGUAUCUGGGCUCUCUGCUUUGUGCCAUUUGUUUUGCAGGUGCUGUAUUAUAUCUUGGACCUGCCGACAGAUCACCUCAUUCAGAGAAGGAUGGCUGUGGUGUGAGGCAGGGAGCCUAAAGUUAACAGCUUAUUCCUGUAUGCAGAGUAUGCUGGCCCAUUACAGCACUAAUGCCUGUUGCACUGCUGAGCUCAGUUCAGGUCUCAUGCCAAGGUCUUGGCCUCCGCACAUUUCCAGAGAAGCUUGGCCAUGGGGUUAAGCAACUCGACCUCUCUGACAACUUCAUCCAAAACCUGACGGAAAGCUGCACAUCAAAGUUAGGGCAGCUAGAGCACCUCAACAUGCAUUUCAACCAGUUGGCAACUGUGUCAGAAAUGGCCCUGACUCCUCUAACUCAUCUGCACUCUCUGCUCCUAGCUGCAAACCACCUUGAUAGGAAUUACUUCACCAACGGAAGAGCCUUCGGGUCACUGAAGAAUCUAAAAGUCCUGGACCUUUCUGCAAAUAAUUUGGACAGUGAUAUGGCAGCCUGGUACUUCAGCAGUCUCACCUCUUUAAAGAAACUGGAUCUGUCCUGGAACAAGAUGACCAGGCUGCCAGAGAGCAUCUUCCAGGGAACUCUAAAGCUGAGAGAGAUCAACCUUAACAACAACUACAUCACAGAAAUAGAGGAGGGAGCUUUUGCGGCUCUAUUACAUCUAAAAGUGGUGAAUUUAGCUAUGAAUUCUCUUCACUGUAUCUCAGGCUUCAGCCUCACACAGCUGCAAGUUUUAAAUCUCAGUUACAAUGCCCUGGAAUUCUUUGUUACAGACGAAAGAAAGGAACACUACCAGCUUCAGGUGCUAGAUCUGAGUCAUAACAAACUGAUCUACUUUCCAGAGCUCCCCAAGGUGCAUCGCCUCACACACUUAAACCUCUCUGAUAACGCCAUGGUCUCUUUGGCUCCAAGUUCCACCAGUACAGCAGAGUUCAGACUGCGGUAUGAUGAGAUGGCAAGACCUAACAUAUCAUUGAAUAUUUACAAUGCAGCAGCUAGACUGUCAAAGAUAACUGACUUAGAUCUCAGCAGUAACCUGUUGUAUUUGUUCCCAGUUACUUUCCUUCAUAAUUUGAGCUCCCUCCAGAAUCUCAAUAUGGCUAAGAACUGUCUCUAUAAUAUAGCUGUGGAGUCACCUCCUGGUGAUAUGGAAAGCAAGGAGCCAGGCGCGAUGCAUGACAAUGCCUUUCUGUCGGUGCGGUCACUGGAUCUUCAAGGCAAUUUCAUUCAUUCCUUGCCACAGUGGUUUUUUGGUAUUCUGCCCAAACUGGAAACACUUGACCUUGGUUCUAACAGCCUCCGGCCUUGUGAGAGCCAGAAUGCUAAUAAAAGAGAGACCCCAAUAGGUCAUAACUCAGCUCAAAGAGGUAACUGUACAUCCUUCUGUGACCUACCGCAGCUGAAGUAUCUGAGUUUACGUAGGAACAACAUUGUGAGGCUAUAUCCUUACAUGUUCAACCAAACCUCUUUAGUCUCCCUGGAUCUGUCUGAGAAUGAAGACUUGUUCAUGCCAAAAGGAGCUCUGGAGGGUCUGGAAUUCUCUUUGCAGAAGCUCUCUCUGAGAGGAAACCAGAUGGACAACAAGAAGACAGAAUUCCCUUGUCUGAAGAUGCUGAAAAAGUUGGACAUGUCAGACAACAAGUUGAGUCUUUUGCCCCCUGAUCUUGUCUGCUCUCCAUUGGAAAACCUGGACAUUCGCAAUAACAAUCUCCAGGCCUUAAAUAAACCUGCCACCGUGAGAUUGUCCAACAGCCUCAAUCAUCUGAAUGUUGCUGGCAAUCCCUUUAGCUGUUGUGCGCUGAACUGGCUGGAAAUUCUACAAGCUGCCCAUGUAAAUGUGUUGGAUCUGAAUGAAACUCUGUGCUUUUAUCAGGACAAGAACAGGAACUUCUCAGCUAAGAUAGCCAACAAGACCACGUGGCUUUGUCCUCAUCAGAUAGGAUCUCACUACCUGAUGGUAUUGCUGGUGGUGAUCACUCUUUGCUUUCUGUUUCUCAGCUGUGGGAUAUGCUGUCAUCUGAAAAAGAGUCAGAAGCUGUCAAAGUAUCUGGGAUUCAGAAGCAACAGGGUGGACCCCAUUCCUUAUCAUCCAAAUAAGGAAAAGAGAACUGAACAGAUUGCAAUUGACAGAGUUACAGAAGUAUAGUACAGGACAGGAGAGGGAGAAUAAUAUUUAUUGUAUUUUAGGCACCUGCCCCUCACUGAUACAUUAAAGGUUUCACACACAAGACAAUAAAACAUUCAAAAUCAAAUCAAUAUGCUGUUUUCCCUCUUGAUGCAAGCAGCCUAGACACAUGCUGUAGCCUCCAUGGGCCAUCUCCAUACUGCUUUUUGUGUGUGCAAGGGAGACUUGGAAAUGUUUUGUUGUAUUUAGAAAGAAUUCCCUGAUGGGUUUCCUGCCCUGAAACAAGGCCGGUGCUCUUUGAAUGGAUCUCCCCAUCCUGUUUCUUCCAUCGCUCACAGUUGAACCCAUCCUCUCCUGUUUGUGAGCAGAUUGUUAUCCCCACAGCAAUGGAAUUGUUGUUCUACAGAACUGUUGUUCAGCAUUGUCCAGGAGUUGUCACCCGGCCUUUCAAUAGGCAGACUAAAUACUUGUUACUUGUCAACCUAGUAAACAAGAAGCCCCCCAACCCUGCUUUCCCCCCUGCAAUAUGAGGGCUGCAGAGUCAUGUGAAAUGCCCCUUGUAAAGAAGUGUUAGGCCUGGUCUACACCUAAAACUUAGGUCAACCUAGCUACAGUGCUCAGAGGUGUGAAAAGUUCACACCCUGGGAGAUGUAGUUAAACUGAGCUAAGCCCUGAUGUAGACACCACUAGAUCCUCAGAAAAAUUCUUCCAUCAACCUAGCAACCACCUUUCAAGGGAGAGGAUUUACCACAGCAAUAAAAAAACUUUUCUAUCACUGCGAUGUGUCUACACUACAGCAGCAUUGCUGCAGCUGUUUGGCUGUAGCACUUGUAGUGUGGACAAACCUGUAGUGUAUUCUUCUGUAAUGGCCCCAAACACAACAGCUUACAGUAUCAAAAAUGGCCUUGUGGGGAAGAGGGAGAGGGUGAUUUCUGCAGAAUCCCAGGAUAUUGUUUAAAAAUGUGACUGUCCCCUUUGUUGACACUCCUGUCCCUUGAACUUUCAUCCAAAUCUUUGUGCUGAGUUGAUACUUCUAAGUGGCUCUGAGCAAUGCAGAUUGUGCCUGAGGACAGCUUGCCAUGUUCUUGGCCAUUGUGAUAGGAAUGAAUCUACCUCAAUAAAAGGAACUCGAGUUGAAAAUUCUCAGCCUCAAUGUCUGCUUUUAAGUCAAAACUCCUAAGCUUUUCAGCUCAGUGUGCAGGCAGAUGAACAUCCUCAGUGCUUGAAAUAGGACAGCCAAGCCACAAUUUCUGAACUGUCAUAAACCUGCAGUGACUUCUUCCACAAGGACAGGAGAGUGCAAUCUGGCUGUCUAGCUCCAGGGACAGCUGGGCCUCCCCAUAGAAGCCAUCAAGACAAAGAGCUCCCUGUCACUGUUCUAACCAGUAACACUCUCACCAUUGCUGCUCAUGCUCCCCAGAUAAUCAGCAGAUGCUGCAGGAGCAAAGUCCUGAAAGCAGUAAAACAUACUGAGACUGCAGCUCUCUAGCUGCCAGGUUACUCCUUCCUGGACUUCGGAAGCCAAAGAGAAACACUCAUUACUAUCAUGGGUGUUGUGCUUGAGCUCAGACACAUUCAUUUUCCGCCCUGUCACUGCCAGGAUUGCUGUGACAAAAACCACUGCUUUUCAGGUUUCCUCAGUUCUAAUCUUUGUCACCCCAGCCAGCCUGGCACUGAAUCCGACACCCAGGAACAUUUACAAGUCGAGCUCUACACACGUCUGGUGCUACAGAGUACCACAGAGUGAAUGGGGUUUGGAAAAGGGUUAAAUUAUUCGUGAAUUGUCAUUAAAUGAUUUAUUGUAAAAUAAAGGACACU